AUGGCAAAAAACUCUUCGGAUAAAAAAAAAGCGCGGUUUGUGGCAGAAACGGAGCCUUACGACGACGAUUUAACUCAGAUGGAGGAGGAGAGACCUACAAAGCGACCAUGCAUAGAAGGAAAUCUCCAAAAUUACACUGAAGACAACUCGAUGAAGGUUCUGUUUGAAAAUGAUUCUCAAGACUGGGAUGACGACAAUAAUAACUAUCAAAUAUAUCAA